AUGGCACUAUCAGAUGUUGAGGAUAUAGCUCAUAAGCUAAUAGAAGCCUGUAGUACAGUAGCUUGUGAUAGUCUGGAACAAACUACUUGGUUAUGGCGCAAUCUUGCAGUUAAACCAGGACCUCAAUCUGAUAUUUCUACUCCAACUGAAGAUGAGGGCCACCUUCAGACACAAACUUUAUCAGAUACUUCUAAGACAGAUUCAAACUCAGCCUCAAAUAAUGCUCAAUAUAGUGUUCAGGCCCUAUGUAGUUUAGCUGAAUUUUUGGCACCUGUGCUUGAUUUUGUAUAUGUUGGUGAUGAAAAAGAAAAAGUUGUACCUCUACUUAGUAAUAUCAUGCACUAUGUUACACCUUAUUUAAAGAAUCACAGCACACAUAAUUUUCCCAGUUUUCGUGCAUGUUGCCAGCUACUUGCAAAUAUUUCUGGAUAUCAGCACACAAGGAAAGCUUGGCGUAAAGAAGCAUUUGAGUUGCUGUUAGAUGCUUCAUUUUUCCAAAUGAGUUCAUCUUGCAUUGGUUAUUGGAGAUCUAUCAUUGAUCAUCUAAUGACUCAUGAUAAAACUACAUUCAAAGAUUUUAUAUCUCGUGUUUCAGUUGCUCAAUCUGGAUCCUUAUAUUUAUUUAGCAGUAAAGAACAAGAAUAUGAACAACGUGCUCAUUUGCUCAAACGUUUGGCUUUCGUUAUAUUCUGUAGUGAGACAGAUCAGUAUCAGAAAUACAUGCCUGAUAUUCAAGAAAGGCUAACAGAAAGUCUCAGGAUGUCUCAUGUGCCUGUAGUUCAAGCCCAGAUUUUUUUGUGUUUUCGUGUUCUGUUAGUUAGAAUGUCUCCCAAUCAUGUUACAUCAUUAUGGCCUGUUAUAAUAACAGAAAUGGUUCAAGUUUUUACUCAAAUUGAAUAUGAUCUGAAUGUUGAUACUGAGGAAUUCAGUUGUGAUGGUGUCGGUCUCAGAAAAACUCACAGCUCUCAUUUGAGACGGAUGUCAACUCUUGAUUCAUCAUGGGUUAUGAAUAGUAGUAAUUUAAAUGCCCAUAAUCAUCCAGCAUGGCUUCAUUUGUAUUUAUCUGUUUGCAAGCUUUUAGAUAUGACAGUUGCUUUGCCGGCAAACAUACUACCCCAAUUUCAAAUGUAUAGGUGGGCGUUCAUUGGAGAUAGCCCACCUCUAUCAUCUGAGUGCAAUAAUCGUAAUGAAGGAAAAUCAUCUGAUUCACCAGAAUUUGUGCCUCAUAUAAUUAGACUAGCUAAUUUAUUGAAUAAAAAGGUUCCAUGUGAUGAGCGUCUUCCAUUUACACCAGGACAGCUGUUACUUAUGAUGCCCAGUAUUACUUCUAUAUUGCAACUUCAACCAUUUUUUAAUACUUUGUCUGAUAUUAGAAAUCAAAAAACUAUUCCGGUGAAAAUUACGAGAGGUCUUUCAAAAGAUGAAAACACAGCAUCUCCAAUUUCGAAAUCUAGAUCAGCUCCAGAUUUACAUUGUCUUCUUAACACUCCAAAUAUAUCACAUACAAACUUUUCAAAAAGUACUGCAGAGCAAAUAGAAAUGGUGUUGGAGGCAGACUUUGUAGAAGCCUGUGUUUCCUAAGAGUUAAUACCUUUCAAUAAAAGCCAUGAAUUAUAAUUAUUUUUAUAUUCCAUAUUUUAUUAAAAGUGGAAUAAGUGCAUAUGUUACGAUUCGCAUUAAUUAUUCUAACGAAUUCCUUCAGAGUUUUUAAAUCCAUAAAUGAAUAUGAAAGGUAAGAUAUUUUAUAAAUUUUUUCUGUUAACAUUUUAGUACAAAUUUUCCAUUAAUAUGGGACAGUGAAAGUGUUGUGCUGAUUUAUGUUUCAUUGUGCUAAGUUUACAGUUGAUUAAUUUUGUUCCGCUAUGAACUGUGAUAUUGAUGGUAUUUAUUCUUAGACAAGGCAGUGUAGAUUGUCUGAAAAUUUUAUUUUUCAUUUAGUCUCCGUUAUUGACUUACAAUUCUCAACCUUGAAAUAAAAUGUAUUUACAUUUCUAAAUUGACUGUGUAUAUUGACUAAAUCCAUAUUUAUAUUUUUAUGGAUAAUGUCAUCUGUCUGCCCCAUUUCUGUUCAGUGUUUCAUUCACAAGAGGAAAAUUAUGGGGUUUGUGAUAGUCAUAAUUCAAUUUUAAUUCAUUGAACUCAGAUUGUGUAAAUAAAAGCCUGUUUUGGUUACUAUUACGUGAAAUUAUUUAUAAAGUUCUUUGUAUUUGCAUUGUAUAAAAAUUAUUUUGACUUUUUUAUUAUGAAAUUGUACAGGAAACUACAAAUUUUUUAAGUUUGAUAUAUUUUGUACUGUUUUUCAGACUUUACUUGACUUUUAGUGACGAUUUCAAAUGCUUAGAUCAAACGCAAAAAUCCUUAGAAAUAAUUCUCAUCUGUAGACUGAGUUUGCUCAAUCAUUCUCUCUCCUCUCCCAUACUGUCUGCUUGUUAUAUUUAAAAUUGCAAUAGAACCUCGUCUGUCUGAACUAGUUGUGGCCCAGCUAAUUCCGUUACUGACCAGAUGAUCUAUUGUCAGAUUCAUUUCAAAGAAAAACUCAUUUUUGCUUGCAUUAUUUUCAAUAAUAUGUUAUUCUUGAUUACAUUCAUAAUAUAAUAAGUUCCAAAUUUUUAUUUUGAACUUUUUUCAAUCUUUGAAUAUAAUGAAAUACAUUACUGUGUAUUUGUAAUCACGUAAAAUUUGAGGUAGAACUCAGGUAAUGCAUUAAAACAUUUCAUUUAAAAAUUUUAAAUGAUUAGUCUUCGGCUUUACUAUCUCAGUGUACUUAACCUGUUCAAUUAGGAGAAGUUCGAUAAACUGCAGCGUAAUUCGUAUGUUUUGUAAAUAUAUAUUAUAAUCCACUCUGUUGCUGUCUUAUGGCAAAUUAUAAAUUAAUAUAUUAACUAGAUUAACUUAUAGUAUGCUAAAGGAGUAUUCCGUAUCCCCAAAUUAAAACUAUACUUGAUUGAUUGUGCUUCACAAAUAUUAUUUUCUAAAUACGAGUAUUAUUUUAUUGACAUUUUCUGUAUCUAAAGAGAAAUAAAGUUUUAAUCUUGUCCUCUGCAUGAGUUUGUACUACUACCUCUAUUUUAUGCCUGAAUAUUUAGUUCUGGUUCUGUCAGUGCAUUUUGAGGAGGUGCGUUACGUUGUGCAUAAUUUUUAAUGUUUUAAAGUUCUGUAGUCAGUGGCCUAAGUGGAGUUGUGGCUUUAACUAAAUGGCAUAGCCACAAAGCCUUAAAUUUUAUAAAAUAAGUCUGCUGAUUUUUAAAGACAAUAUAGUAAAUACUGUCCAGUUAUACAAAGACAUGUAAAGCAAUUUGCCAGUUGUGUAUCUAAUGUUAUGUCCUGACUUUAAAAUGCUAUUUUGUAUUGUAUUUACUUUCUUGUAAAGUAUUUUUAUUCCAACUUAAUAUGUACCUCUGAAAUGUGAUCAUGCUAAAAUUUCUGUGACAUUGACAGCAAACAAGAAAUUCUGUGUAUUUAGCUUUUUAAUAAAACUGUUGCCAUUAAGAA